UUCCUCGUCUUUCUCCAUUUUACAGUUAUCCUCUACUGGCUCCUGCAGCCUGUGGCUCACUGCGUUACAAUACAGGACACGUGUUACCUUCUCAUUUUAGUGCGCUGUUGAGUUGCGUGGGCAGACUGUGACUUGAGAGGGCUCUGGCAAAUCAUUGACCGACAGGAGAUAAUUUAACUACUGCAACUCUGUCUGUGACCCACAACAUCCAAACACUCUCGCUGGUGACAGACAAUAGGUGAUGAAGUCAAAAUGCGAUUGAUAACUCUCAGCUUUGUCUUUGCACUAUGGUUGUGUACACUCAGCUUUGUGAAAGGUCAAGGUUGCCUCCAAAAGGAUGUUUUAGGGAUUGCUGGAACUAAAAACGUGGACAUUUCCAACCUAGAAGACACUGAAAGUGGCAAAACAGUGAGGUUGCCCUGCGCUAUUGGCUACGUAGGAUUCGUUAGACUCAAAUGCGGCAAUAAUGGAUGGAGUCAAGAUGGUGGUCGAAAAUGUGAACCUAAGUCAUGUGGACAUCCAGGAGACACACCAAAUGGAGACUUCCAUCUUUCGAUUUUGGACGAUUUUGUCUUUGGAGCUCAAGUUCUGUACGAAUGCAGAAAAGGUUACCAAAUGGUGACCAGGACCAGACAUCGGACCUGCGUGGAACAAGGCUGGGACAGCGCACUCCCUAUAUGUGAAGCAUUGAAAUGCCCAGUGAUUCAAGCCAACGACAACGUUGUGGUCAUCGGAAACAGUGAGGAUGCAACUUAUGGAAAUGUGAUCCAGUUUGAGUGCCAGUCAAAUCGCAUGGUACUCAAGGGAUCGUCUGAGAUGGACUGCAACGACAAAGGAGAAUGGAGCAGCACAGUCCCAACAUGUGAAGUGAUUAAAUGUUACGCUCCAGACAUAGCUAAUGGUGCAGUGAUCGGGCCCCCUAGGGACGAUUACAAUGAAGAUGACACACUGAAAUACAGCUGUAACACAAAKUAUGUUAUGUCUCRAAGAGCCUCUAAAUGCAYUAAAAUKGGCAACARAGCCAACUGGAGUCCAACACCAGAGUGUGAAGAAGUGAAAUGUAAAUUAUCAUUGCCACCAACAAGAGGAACCAGUUACACACCUGCUGGCAGAAAUCUGUUCUUGCCUGRUGAAAGSBURAMGGUGACCUGUACCUCAGRAUUCUGGAUAUUUAUCUCACUUAAAUCUGAAGAUACAAUAACAUGCAAAGAGGACGGACAAUGGUCAUCUUCUACAACAGAUUGUGAACGGAUAACAUGUGGUGAUCCACGUGACCCUCUUGUGAGUUCUCCCUACCGCUGGCAGAGGGGUCAAUUGAGAGAAACUCAGCGUUACAACUGUAGAACCGGAUUUAAAACCACAAAUACCCGGGGUGUUGCCACAUGCACAAGUGAUGGCUUCUGGACUCCAGAACCACUCUGUGAAGASAUAACAUGUGACAAGCCAGAUAUCCUAAAUGCUGUGAUUAAAGACCCGAAAACAAGAUACAAAUUCAAUGAUCAGCUCACUUAUGAGUGUAAGAUGAAUUAUGAACUAUUGGACAGUACUACCAGACCUACUGCUACCUGUACAACAAAUGGCUGGACCAAGACACUUGRCUGUAAAGAAAUAGAGGGAGCAUUAUCAGCCCCACUGUGAUGAAUGGAUUCAUAGUUCAGUCAAAUGAGAGGAAUGUUGAUCCCAGGAAAAGGAAGAUACACUAUUCUGCAAUGUAGGGUUCAAACCCUCUACCGGGGGCUGGUGGGGUGAAGCCACAUGUACUGAGGGAACAUGGUCUGGAAUAUCAGAGUGUAUUGAUCUUCACAAUGUGGCCGAUUCCCUGUCAUUCCCAACACAAAAAUGUUCCUCACAGUGAAGUCUAUAACAAUGAAACAAACUUUUACAAUUGAUUGCAAAGAUGGAUACACAUCUGAAAAGAUGACUAUAAUGUAACGAUGGAGAAGGCAAACACCGUUACCAGCUUGUGAACMGCAAGGCGUUCAAUGUGAUCCUCCACCUAAAGUUGAAAAUGCAAUUGUUGAAAUCCCUUAUCAAAAUAAAUAUAUAGAUGGAUUUAAGGUGAAUUAUGAAUGUCGCAAAUCCUUUGAAAUAGAGGGACUUAAAAAAAUUACCUGCAAAAAUGGGAAUUGGACAACUCCACCACCAACAUGCAAACAGUACUGUGAUAAGCCUAAGGGUGCAAGGAGGAUAAUGGAGAUUCCUGACCAAGGGCUAGAGAGAUACGAAUAUGGGACCCAAAUAGAUUAUAAAUGCUUCAACCCAUACGAAGGCCCAGGAGGAAAAGCAACUUGCAAGGAUGGAGAAUGGCACAUGACAACUGAAUGUAAAGCAAGCUGUCCUGAUCCCCCUUUUGUUAAUAAUGGCGAUUACAUCCAGAACAAGAGAGAUACUGAAGGUGUUGUUACAGAGGUGUCCUACCAAUGCAGCAGAAGGUAUACUCUGAGUUUCACAGGCAGCAUCUCAUGUCUGAAUGGAGAAUGGCAGACCCCUCCAACGUGCAGAAGUCCUUGUGAGAUUCACACUUUUAAACCAGAGUACCAUCUGCGAGAUUUACCCCAAAAAGUUUAUGUUGUGCACGGUGGAAAAAAGACUCUUCGUUGCAUGAAAGGAUACUUCCAUCAAUGCAGAGAAUUACCUCAAUCGAAUGUAAGAGAGAUGGACGUGGAGUGUGAUGAUGGAAAGAUCAGAUUUCAGAACAGCACAGGCCUUCCUGAAUGCAGAUAUUUAGACAAAGGUGGGAUAUGGUGCAAAUCCAGUUCAGAGUCAUGAUGUUCCGUCCAGCAUAUUCAAGAAUCCUUACAAAGCCACCUUUAUGUGCAAGGAGAAGACCUUUUUGCUAUUGUGGUUUGUUUUUGCUUGUUUAAGUUACGUUGAGAAAAAAUGUACCUCUCUGGUGUGAGCCAUUCAUAUAGUCAUACAUGUAGAUGUCUCUUCAACAUUUGACAUUGUAACUAAAUAAGUAUUUCUAAUCAUUAUCAGUCUCAGCUUCACUGUAUUCGUAGUACAGCUAUAUAAAAUGGUAAAUGAGUUACAUUGGUAUAAAUAUGUGAUUGUGUUAAUAUUGUCCUGUAUCUUCCAGCUGUGUGAUUCAUCAUCUGAAGGGUUAAUAUGAGUAAACUACUGAUGUUGUGAUUGACCUUAUCAAGGAAGACAAUAAAGUUGGCAAAAAGAGAUACAAA